AUGGAGGGUGAUGGUGAAGUGGUGCUGGUGCAUGGCCUUCGAGACUCUGCUCUCGCCAUCACCUUACUCUGUGGAGGUCAAAAACGAAGGCACAGCCUUAUUGGCACGAAAUCUCCGACACGAACAGUCAAGUCCAAUGUCGAAACCAACACAAGAGCCCAGUUCACUGACAGUGCUGUGCAAAUAGAUUGCGCCGAUUUUACUAAGAAAUACAACACAAACUACGUUACACUGUCGAGACCAAAAUGGGAACACCCACAACGAUCAACAGUUAUUUCACUUGGUAAGAGAACGAAAUCGAAAAGUAUGAGAUCUCUUCAUCGUAAUAACUCCAAGCGAAAGAAGAGAUCCGUUGGGGUCGUAACUAAUUCAGUAUCUAACGUUUGGCAGGCUGAUUAUCAUGAUGACUCUAGUCCAGAUGAAUUCGACCUCCGAUACAACUAUUUGAACACGUGCAUGUCGAAGCCUGGAAUCGAAGUCAGAUACUUAACAGAUAUGAAAAGAGUGCUUUGCGAGAGAUUAUUUGAUAUCUGCCGUGAUAAUGAACAGGUGUGCCCGAGGAUACAAAAUCGCUAUAUUCACCACAAACGACAUUGUCAUGCGCCAUCUACCUUCGGAGGGAAAAAGGGUGUUGAAAAUAAGGAGACCGAAAUGCAAGUGCCUCUUGUAAUGAAGAAUGAAGCUGAAUUUGUGGGCUCAUGUCAUGGUAUUGAAAAACCUGUAACUCAUAAAUCGUGUUUUUGUCAAACGCCACAAAAAUGCAUAUGUAAGACGAAAUCGGAAACUGAAAUUGCUCCUAUUCCCGGAACUAUUGAAGAUAUGUUAAUGAAAUUGGUACCCGAGUUAAAUUUAAAUGAACCAGAAGAUCUACCGACACUCACCGAAAACCUUGUGAAGGAGUGGGUAAAUCAAGUACCCCCUUUCUACAACGUUGACUUAUCAAAGGAAGAUAAAGAGCAGUUAAUGAAAAAUUUGACAAAUGAGUUAAAGAAUAUCGACGAUAAAAAUGCAGAUAGUGUAAAUGCGAUAACUUUAAAGUGCCUCAGGGAUAUACCAGCUUUGAGAGACAAGAGUGACUCCAUAAUCGCUGACAUGGGAGAAAAUCUCAUAAACAAAAUAAAAUAUUUAACUGUUCAAAACGAAUGGCAAAAUAAUAUAUCUGAUUUAGUUACACAUAUUUUAUCAAAAUAUAAUCUAUCCGAAGAUAAUAAAAAAUUGAUAACGAAAGCUGUUACACAGAAAUUAAAGCCUAUAGUUGUGAAUAGAGCUUUGCCUAAUCCAGAUUUCAAAGGAUUUCUGACAGAUGAAAUACUCGGAUUGAUUCAACGAUUACCUUUGGAUGUGAAAGACGUUACUGUUAUGAAUGCACAAAAUAAAAGUGAUGAAGGAAAGGUACAAAGUACAAUUGAGGCAAAAUCUAAGAUCACUGCAGUGGAAGAUACUGUAAUGGAGUGGAUAAACCUUUUACCAGGAUUAUCAAAUCUGCCUAGAUCGGAAGCAAAAACACUAAUUAAUCCCUUAGUAGAAACUCUUGUAGAACAACAGAAUCCGGAAAAGAUAAACAUAUUAGUUAAAGAUUGGUUAAAAAAUGUCGCCAAUAAAGAUGGUACUCUUAGUUCGAGAUCAAUAAACAAAUUGACUGAAAAACUUAUUUCAAAACUAGCUCGAGUUGAAGAACAAACAAGUAAUAAAAAUAAAAAAUCACUUGCGCUCAAUAAUGACAACAAAAAUACAAAAGUCAAAGAUACUAUAAUGGAAUGGUUUCAAGAUAUUCCUAACCUUAAACUUCGAGAUACACAUGAUAAUAAACUAGCUGUUCAAAAUUUAGCCAACAGAAUAAAUGAAAUUAUAAGCGAUAAAGAUGUAGGAGAGGUUGGUACUGAGGUUCGUAUGGAAGUUAGCGAUUGGUUAAAAGAUAUAUUUAAAUCUAAUAAUUUAACCAUAUCUGCAUCGAAUAUCGAUAACUUAAUUAAUAAUCUAGUCAAUAAAAUAAAAAAAGAAGCACGAAGUCGAACUAUGGUGGAAAAUGAUCUUAAAAAUGUAAUUAAAACGUGGCUUACUAAUUUAUCAUAUGUGAAUCCAAACCACAUGAGUAAAUUUGUAAAAUUUACUGAAUCUUUAGCUGAUAAUCUGGAUGAUUUACAAAAAAAUACCCAUUAUGAUGUAACAACUUUAGAAAACGAACUAAACGAUGUUGUAGAUAUUUGGGGCUCUAAAAUAAAAGAAGAAACCGGAAUAAAUAUACGUUCAACUGAUAAACAACAACUUUUAAAUACUAUAAUGGAUCUUAUGCAAAAUAAAAAGAGAAGUAAUUUUAGCACUUCCAAAUCGAGCAAACUGAAAACACAAAGCUAUCCCAGACAAAUUGCGCCAAAAAGUCGUAAAAAAUGGCGUAAAAUAAAAACUCCUAAACAAGAUAUACACGACGGAGUAUCCAAAGUAAUAAACAAAUAUUCAUCAAAUUAUAUGAAUAAGACUAAAGCAGACCUCAUUAACAGAAUAACAAAUGAAGUUGAAAAGAGAUUUAAUUUAAUACCUAGGCCAGAUCGUGCUCAAACUAAAGCCCCAAUAUCGCAUAUUUUAGAAGACAAUACAAAAUUUUCAUCGAAAGACAUCGAUGACAUAGCUGGAGCAGUGGUAGAUAAAGUCGUAGGAUUUUCUAGUGCAUUAACAGAAAAAUCUCCUUCACACAAAACUAUUACUGAUUCAGGUAAUGAAGUUGAUAAUGAGACUGCAAACAACGACGAGGAUGAGGACGACAAUAAACCAGUUCCUUUAAAAAAACAUAAGCUAUUGAAGAAUAUUGCGCAUGACAUAUCAAACAGUAUUGAUAAAUACUUGGGUAACGGUGAUGAAGACAAAGCCUAUGCCUACGGACCAAGAGCAACAUCCACACCAGAAAAAGAAUUAGAAGCAUCCUUAGAUACAUUGACCAUACCAUCCAUUUACGAUGACGAUAGAUUCGCUGAAAUUAAUCGUGUUAAAGGUAUUUUGAGAGAAUGGUUGCAAGAUUUGAAUACCAGUGAAGAUUUAAAGAAUGAGAUAAUUGACGAAUUAGCUGAAGAUAUUUUAGAUCGACAAAAAUAUUUAAACAUUUCUAAAACCAAGAUACGAAAAAGCGUCGAACUCGAACAUUUAAAGUUUGAAGUUUACAAGCGGUUAAAUAAGGUUAUAAGCGAUGAAGAUUUAAGUAAUUAUAUGAAUCAAGUUGAAAGUUUAGCGGAGAAAUUGAACUUAUUUGACACUGUCUGUUAUGCUUGUGAAACCGCUGAAUCGGUCAUGUAUAAACAACGGUUAAGCGUUGUGAUAUCAAGCUCUUUUCCAUCUUGUGAUGACAGAUCUUUUAAUUCGUUUAAAGAUGAUUUAGCCGAUGCAUUUGUUAGUUUGCACUUUUGUACGGGAAACCAGACAGCUCGAAAUAAAUACAAGAACAGAAUACGCCAGGAAAUAAGUAAUUUCUGCUGUGACUAUUUAAUUCGCUAUCCAUCCUCCCAUAUGGAUGCGAAACAAAUAAAUAAGGAGCUUUACAUAGCUCUACUAAAAGUCCCUGUACCUGAUAAGAAGUUUCUAGAACCCACGCAUCGUAUAUCUCUAAUCCAAGAAGAGAUAUGUUCUUGGCUUAACAAAACAAAUCCUUCAAUACUCAAAUCAAAUCACACUAAAGAACGUGUUUCUGACUUAGCGAAAACAUUGUAUCAUAUGCUAAAAAAUGAAACUCAAACGGACAAUAUUGAGCAAAAAAUGAUUCACACAAUCACAGAGUGGUUAGAAGAUUUUUGUGAUUCCGGAAAAAACGUUAACGUUGAAUUUGAAUCUAAAAUUUUGUUAAAUAAUAUAAGAAGGGCAGAAUGUGUGAAACCUGAUAACGAUCAAGUUAAGAUUCAUCUCACCCAACAUAUUGAUACUAAUAAACCCAGGAGAACUGACAAUGCAACGCAGUAUACUCCAUCCAUACCACCACCAAGUACUUUAACCGCAGAAGAGAAAUCUUACUUAGAAAAAGUAAGAGCUAGAUGCAAUGCUCACAAAGAGUUACGUAUUCAUUCUAACGAAUCACACACGAAAGAAGCUUCUUGUAAUCCGAUACCAAUGGAUAUUAGUACACAGACUGGCGUAACAAUCGACGCAAGAUCAAAUGUAUAUAGACCUAUGACGUCAACUCAGACAACCGCUGACAAAACAGUGAAUGUGGAUAUAAUCCCGCAAGUCGUUGUUAAUGAAUACCACUGGGAUUCAGUUGACUCCGUUGAACCUUCAAAAAUGUACAAUCCUCAACCUAAAAAUAAUGUUCAACCUUAG